AAUGAGCUUUCAAGCUUAUUAUCUAAUUUUGUAUACAGUCGUUUUUACUGAAAAAUUGCACUGAGCAUAUAGAUACUACUAAUGAAGUCACUUUUUCUAAUAAAUGAAAAAUUUAUUCGAUGAUACAUAAUAUAAUAUAAUUAAUCGUUCGACUUUAAUGCGAGCUUAAUGUCAAGCUGCAUGCUCAAUAUAUUGGCUGUUCAACAAAUGAAAUGUGUGAUGACGUCAUUACGCAGUCGCAAUGAAAGUUACCAUCUUUAGUGUUGUAAUACAUACUGGUUGGUUUUAUUUAGAAUAAUGUUCUUAUCGGUGUCCGGGUGUUUUACGUAAAAUUCGUAUACAUGAAUGAAGGGAAUUGCAAUCAUCAACGCUAAUGCACGCGAAUAUACAGUUGAAACACGCAACCGAUACCAAAUGCCAUUAAUCGAAGAUCUAUCAGAAAAAUAAUUCGAAUUUUCGUUUUUCAUCCACUACAAAGAUGCCAAUGAUAUUCGACACGAAAGCCGAUAGACCACCAGGAGUGGAAUUCGUAUUCGCGGCAGUGUCGGGAGUAGGAGCUGGUUUCUUCACAAACCCCAUCGACGUCGUCAAGAUCCGGCUGCAGCUCCAAGGUGAACUGGAGGCUCGCGGUUCUUAUCGCAAGGUCUAUCACAACACCUUCCACGCGGCAUACUUAAUCGCCCGGCACGAGGGUCUUUUCGCUUUACAAUCGGGGAUCGUGCCGGCUUUAGGUUUUCAGGUUUUUCUCAAUGGCACACGCCUUGGGUCUUAUCACUGCGCCAAACGAUAUGGUAUCAUACUCAAUGAUAAAGGCGAGACAAGCAUUGGCAAGACUGCCCUCGUAUCCGGUGUAGCUGGAAUAAGUGGAGCUAUUGCCGGAAGCCCAUUUUAUUUGGUAAAAACGCAAUUGCAAUCGCAGUCAGCAAAGAGUAUUGCCGUCGGUUUUCAGCAUCAUCAUACGGGAGCCUUAGACGCGUUCAGGUACAUUUGGAAGAAGGGCGGCUUUUUUGGUCUGUAUCAGGGUUGGUAUGCAAAUGUUCCGAAAACCUUCAUUGGCUCUGCGACACAACUCACAGUCUUCGGUCUUGUUGUUGAUUCUCUAAAAUCUCUUGAGCCAUUCACUCAUAAACCAUUACUUUUAACAUUUGUGGGAUCACUUAUCAGUGGAUGUUGUUUGGCAGUGGUAAUGCAACCGUUUGACGUUAUAUCCACAAGACUUUAUAAUCAAGGUACCGAUGUGAAAGGAAAAGGUGUAUACUAUAAUGGUUUAUUCGACGCAUUGUAUAAAGUAUUUAAAAUUGAAGGCUUUUUUGGCCUUUACAAAGGAAUUUUUCCUACUUUAUUGAGAAGUGCGCCCCAUGUAAUUCUCUGUCAAAUUUUUUAUGAAAAUCUCGCGCAAUUAUAUGACGAGUAUUAUUAA